CCUGCUUGUGGUUGUUGCUUGAUGGCUCCAAUGGCUCCGCUCCCCGUUCGUUCCGUUGAGUGAGGUUGAUAGCGCGCGCGUCUUGUGUAGUUUGUUUCUUCACCACCAGUUAAAAUUCUCACAUACAUUUUGUUGAGACUUUGGUCGGUGAUACGGUGCACGCCACGGUGCUGUCUCACAGCACAACGCACAACCCGUUUCAAUCAGUUUAGUGAGCGUUUCUUAUAAUUGGAUUAUCCCUGGUAAAUAAAUAGUGAUGACAAGAAUGUUUUUGUGUCUUGACUCAACGAUUUGCAUGGUUUCCAUGCACUAGUGCAACAGGCGAUUGGAAGCAAAGGUUCUGUGUAAACAGAAGCUAUAAUUCUCAUAACAAAAUGCCUACGGACUCAGAAUGUGAGUGCGAUCUGGUGUCGAAAGAGUGGUUGCUGGCAAAGCUACGGUCUGACGAGAGGGAUACGAUCUUGAUAGACUGUCGCGGAUCAAAUGAGUAUGCAGUGUCUCACAUACGUUCCGCCGUGAAUUUUUCCAUUCCAAGUAUAAUGCUACGACGUUUGGCUGCGGGGAAAAUCGAACUGUCAUCGACAGUACAAUGUAAAGAGUUGAAAGCCAGGAUUGCGCACUGUCGUACGAGAGGGAUUUUUGUAUUGUACGGGGAUGGAGCCUCGAAAGAGCAGGAUUCUGUCCACUGGAUCUUGCUGAAGAGGCUCAAGCAAGACGGCGUGCAAGUAGUAUGUUUAGAUGGUGACUUCGCCGAGUUCCACCGCGCGUACCCUGAGUGGUGUGCAGAGGCGGGCGCUCAGCACGUGCCGCAUCUGCCGCUCAUGGGGCUGAGGUCGCUCCGCAUCAGCGGGUCGGGCUGCGACGAGUCGCUGUCGUCGGGCUCGUCGUCGGAGUGCGACGAGGCACACACGCACGCGCCGCAGGAGUUCCCCAUCGAGAUCCUGCCCAACCUCUACCUCGGCAACUCCACCAACAGCGAGGACUGUGAUGCGCUCGCCAGACACAACAUAAAGUACGUGCUGAACGUGACGCCGGACCUGCCCAACACGUUCGAGGCGGAGGGCUGCGGCAUCAACUACCUGAAGAUCCCCAUCGCCGACCACUGGAGUCAGAACCUCGCCGUGCACUUCCCGCAGGCCAUACGCUUUAUUGAGGAGGCAAUGUCAGCGCGCGUCGGCGUCCUAGUCCACUGCGUGGCGGGCGUGUCUCGCUCCGUUUCCGUCACGCUGGCGUACCUAAUGCAGCGACAUCGUCUGAGCCUGCGCGACGCGUUUGAACUGGUGCGCGCACGCAAGACCGACAUCGCGCCCAACUUCCACUUCAUGCGGCAAUUGCACUGCUUCGAGCGGGACCUCGGCCUCCACGAGCGCAGCGCCAGCCUGAGUAAGGUGCUGGAGGAGCUGGGCGUUGCUGAGCUGCAGGCGCCGGACUCGGGCGCGGGAGCAGGGACGGCGGCGCGGGCGGCGGGCGAGGCGGCCUGCGGGUGCGCGCGCGCGCCGGCCGGCGUGUCGCCCGACUCGGGCAUCGAGUUCGACCGCUGGAGCGCCGCGAGGGACACGCCGCAAUGA